CGCGAGCCGGGGCCGGUCCGGAAACAGCCGAGCGGAUCCGGAAACAGCCGAGCGGACCCGGAAGCGAGGGCGCCGUCAGCAGCCCGUGCGGGAACCCGCCGUUUGCGCGGAGGCCAUGGCGGCUGCGGCGCCGGCUGUGGCGGGCGAGGGCGGCCGGCGGCGGCAGCCGGGGGCCGCGCUGGACCCCCAGCCCCAGGAGGGGGCAAUGGCGGAGGCCGAGCCAGGGGAGCUCAGCCGUCUUCGGGCCGAGCUGGCAGGUGCCCUGGCAGAGAUGGAGACCAUGAAGGCAGUGGCGGAGGUGAGCGAGAGCACGAAGGCGGAGGCUGUGGCUGCAGUGCAGCGGCAGUGCCAAGAAGAGGUGGCCUCGCUGCAGGCCAUUCUGAAAGACUCCAUCGGCAGCUACGAGGCCCAGAUCACUUCCCUGAAGCAGGAGCGGCAGCAGCAGCAGCAGGACUGUGAGGAGAAGGAGCGAGAGCUGAGCCGCCUGAAGCAGCUGCUGUCCCGGGCUCACCCCCUGGAUUCCUUGGAGAAGCAGAUGGAAAAGGCCCACGAGGACUCGGAGAAGCUGCGGGAGAUCGUGCUGCCCAUGGAGCAGGAGAUCGCAGAGCUGAAGGGGAAGCUGCUGCGGGCCGAGGAGCUGAUUCAGGAGAUCCAGAGACGGCCCCGGCAACCCCCCGCCCUGCACGGCUCCCCGGAGCUGCUGCCCCUGUCCCGGGACCCGUCCCCCCCGCUGGAGCCCCUGGAGGAGCUGAGUGGGGACGGGGGCGCGGCCGCCGAGGCCUUCGCCGGCAACUGCGACGACAGCGCCUCCAUCUCCUCCUUCUCCCUGGGCGGCGCUGCCGGCAGCAGCGCCUCCCUGCCCAGACAGCGCCCGGGCCUGAGCCCCGAGCAGGAAGAGACGGCCUCGCUGGUGUCCACGGGGACGCUGGUCCCCGAGGGCAUCUACCUGCCCCCUCCCGGGUACCAGCUCGUGCCGGACCACCAGUGGGAGCAGCUGCAGGCCGAGGGGCGGCAGCUGCAGAAGGAGCUGGAGAGCCUCGGUCACGAGCGGGACGAGCUGCAGGAGGGCCUGAGACGCAGCAACGAGGACUGCGCCAAGCAGAUGCAGGUGCUCCUGGCCCAGGUCCAGACCUCGGAGCAGCUGCUGAGGACCCUGCAGGGCACCGUGAGCCAGGCCCAGGAGCGGGUCCAGCUGCAGAUGGCAGAGCUGGCCACAUCCCACAAGUGCCUGAGCCAGGAGGUGAAGCGGCUGACGGAGGAGAACCAGGGGCUCCGGGCCGAGCAGCCGCCACCCCUUGGCCCUCCCCGGCUGGAGCAGGACGAGGGCCCCGAGACCACCCUGCCCAGCACGGUGCAGGAGCUGCAGGAGCUGGUGCGCAGGACCUGGCAGGAGGUGCGGGCCCAGAGGCAGGCUGCUGAGCACGAGGCCGAGCGCCUGCGGAUCGAGAUUGUGACCCUGCGGGAUGCCCUGAACGAGGAGACGGCGGCCCGAGCCAGCCUGGAGGGGCAGCUGCGGGGCCAGCGGGAGGAGACAGAGGUGCUGGAGGCCUCCCUGUGCAGCCUGAGGACGGAGAUGGAGCGUGUCCAGCAGGAGCAGAGCAAGGCCCAGCUCGCAGACCUGCUCGCGGAGCAGAGGGCCAAGGUGCUGCGGCUGCAGGCCGAGCUGGAAACCAGCGAGCAGGUGCAGAGGGACUUCGUGCGCCUGUCUCAGGCCCUGCAGGUGCGCCUGGAACGGAUCCGCCAGGCAGAGACUCUGGAGCAAGUACAGAGCAUCAUGGACGAAGCACCUCUGCGCGAUGUCAGGGACAUCAAGGACCCCUGAGGGCAGGGCGCGAGCCCAUCCAGCCCCGGGGUGGGGGGACUGUUUUUCUCCACUUCACCCUGGGAGACGCGGCUUCAGGGGUGCAGGCCUCAGCCUGGGUUCUGCCCCUUCUUGGGGCCGGGGGAUGAGGUGAGCAGGCCGCAGCUGCCGUGUCCCGCCUGGGCCUCCUCCCUGGAUGGCCGAGCCUUCUGCUUCCCAGGUGGAGGGUGAAGGUGACACCGGGGCGAGGGUCCCCACCCCCUCCCGGAACCAGUGCCAGCUUAGCCUUGGGCCACCUGCCGCCAGCCCC